AGCACCAAAAAACUUGGAAAAUGACGGCGCUGAUUUGGAUAUUCUUCCUCGUCGCUCUCUCGAUCGGUUCAUCCAAGCAGGCUCAGCUAAAUCAGGGCGAUGAUGGAAAAGUUAUGACUUUAAAGGCGUUCAAUAACAGCCUUGGAACGUUUGUAGAAUUCACUGGACGGGCAGCAAUAGCCAUGGAGGACUGGACUGUAUACGCCAGCUUCGAUUUGGAGCAGCUCAUUCGGGAAUCUGCCUUCUUAGAGACUGGUUAUCAAAGUCUUAAAACAUAUUGCGAAACCGAUAACGUGUUGUGCAUUGAUUCCCUUUACUUGCAACUGACCGAAUUCGGGGACACAAUGAGUUAUCAAGGUCUGACUGAGAGGGCGGUUCCGCAUGAUUUCAGGCUUAAACAUCUUCCAUUAGAUGAUGAUGAGAUAGCCAACUUGUUGAGAGAUAAAUAUUCCGUUGUUGAUAGCACCAAAAAUAUUAAGGGCAGUUUAAAAAAUCUUCUAGAUCAGCUUGAACUUGAGAUCGACGAAUUAUUGAAUAAUCAUAAGAGUAAUCCAAUGUCCAUCUAUUACGUAACCGACCAACUGAGUUCUCUGGCAGCUCACAUUAAAAGGUCGCAGUUCGCUCUGCUGGAAGCAUUAACAUCGGCCAAUCAGCGAAAACUGACACCACUGAUCCUUUCUGUCCAGCAGUUGGAAACGGAGAUCCUCAGGAUUCAGCCGCAUAUUCCGGCAGGCCGCCGACUGCCCGUCAACCAAUCCACCGUCUCCGACGUUUAUCGUAUCGCCUCAGUAAGUGUCCAGCAGCUCGACAAAAAUCAUUUGGUCUUCGAAAUCAAAGUGCCCCUGAUCGACGCAGAACUGUUCAGUCUCUACCGCCUGACACCUAUUCCACGGGUUCAAAAUGGCCAAAUCGAGGUGAUGGACACCGAAACACCGUACCUGGCCAUCAAUAAUCACCAGGAUAGGUUUUUCCCACUCCAAAACUUGGGAGACUGCAUCGAACUGGCCAGAGAAAGAUUAAUCUGCAGGCACAUACAAGUCACCUUUGGAAACGGUGGCUUUCAAAACAUUCCCUGUGGCCUUGCGGCUAUACGGAAUCAGUCUUCAGGGGCCUGCCAAUUUCGCAAAGUGGAAAAAAGCUCCCUCUGGACACAGCUCCUUGCGCCAAACUCGUGGAUGGUGGCCCUCAGCCAAGAGCUUUCGCUAACCGCUGUGUGCUCAGAGGAUCGGCAGGAGCUGGACAUACGCGGAAGCGGGAUUCUUAGCAUUCGAAGCGACUGUAUUGUGAGAAGUUCAGCAGUCAUUCUCCAGGGAAGGCCCCAUCAGAGAGGCUCCUCAAAAAUUGGAUUUGCAUCUUUACAGUCGAAAACAAACACAGCAGACCACGUCUCCAUUCAGGCAGCUCUUCAUCAACUACAAAUGAGGCUUGAUCAGCAGAAGAUGCAAGGCGUCGGGGGAACUUUGAUAGCCGUCAUUGCCGUGUGCCCAGUUAUCGGCCUUGUCAUUAUACUCCUCUCCUUGGUCUGGCUAUAUCGCUAUCAUCGCAAAAGGCAAUUUAGAGGAGCUCAGAAUCCAGUGAAUGAUCCAGAAUACGAUAUCAGCCGACCCCAAGUCAAAACAAAUGAAAGCAAAGAUGGAAAUCUUCCUCUUUUGGAAAAAUCUGUAUAA